AUGCGUUUGCUUACGUCCAUUUCGAUUGGAGCCUUUGCGGGCGCAGUUGCUGCCGCAGCCCAGCCCAGCCUCCAAACAGUAUAUACCAAAGAAGCGGCUGAACACAAACCAACGCCGACUGCUGCCUUGGAACUGAGGAAUGCAGAUGCGGCAGCCACAACAAUCGUUUCUCCUCCUACGUUCCAAGUCACUCUCUGUCCACAACCAACCGGAUUGCCUGCGGCGAGGUUUAAGACAGUGGCCGGCAGCUUGUAUGGGUGCCAACCUGGAUAUGUUUGCAACCUCCCCAAGCCAGAGGGAUGCAACUUCUGGCCAGGACCUCCCCCAAGCGGCUUUCACUGCCCGCCUGAGUUUUGUAUAGUGGCUCCUCCUCACCAACUCCCGGAGUGGAAUGGCAAGCCGGGUUACCUUCCGCCCCAAUUUGGUUAUUUCAACCUGAACCCGGAGGAUUUCGGACUGUCUUAUGACAUCUUCGAGUACAGUGUUGUUCGAAAAGCAUCGGGUGGGCACACGUCGACUUACACGACUGGCAACUGGGAGUCCCAAUCCGACUUGACAAACGGACCAGUGCAAACGCCCCCGCCCUCAUACAGGAAACGUUACAGUCCGACCAAGCCGCAAGAUUACCGGAGGGCAAUCAAGCACUCAAAGCGCGACGAUACCUUACCGUCGGGAUGCUUGGACAAAUGCCAGGCCGCAUAUGACAUCGUUCAGGAGGACGGCAAGAUCCCGGCACUGUGCGAACCCGGAUCUGGCUUCGAGAAUGCCUUGGCCAACUGCGUUACAUGUAUUGCCACCGGUCUGAAUAUCCCAGAUGACCAAGUGAAAUCACACCUGAACGCAACGUACCAAGACUUCCUCUUCUUCUGCGAUGGACUUGGAACGACACCAACCCAAUCGACAACAUCGGGGCCCGAGUCACAAGUGACGACGACGCCGACGCUGGGAACCACUUCACAGGUCUCUGCAAGCGACACGUCUUUCAUUGACUCAACAACUUCGAGCUCCGUGCAAUCGACUACUAAGCAGUCCACUACCGCACCCCCUCCUCCUCCUACAACCUCAAGCACAACCAGCUCGAGCAGCCCUCCUCCCCCUCCUCCAACCAGUUCGAGUAGCCCCCCUCCAACCAGUUCGUCUCAGCCACCAAGCUCUACACCUCCGACAUCGUCCUCAUCGCCUCCGCCGCCGCCAACUUCUUCGACCUCCAGUUCCUCUACGCCACCUCCUGCGUCCUCUACGCCACCUCCUGCGUCCUCUACGCCACCUCCUGCAUCUUCUACGCCGCCACCUGCAUCCUCUACUCCCUCUUCAUCGCCUCCAUCAUCGCCUCCUCCUUCAAGCUCAGCUUCGUCUGCCAGCAGCGCCUCUGGUUCAGCAUCAUCAAGCGCACCCACAUCGGGAUCUGCCUCUUCUGAAACAGGUACGGCAUCCAAUAGUGCUAGCAGUGAAACGGGGUCAACGUCGGCGUCCGCAUCGUCAUCGGCGUCGGCCUCAAAUGGUGCUUCUGCCACCGGUCCAUCAGCCUCCUCACCCACCACGGGGGAGACUGGAGCCGGAUCCUCCUCGACAGGUACUAAUUCCCCAACCGGCGCCGGUUCCUCGACUGGCGCCGGCUCCCCAACUGGUACCGGUUCCCCAUCCGGCACCGGUUCCCCAUCUGGUACCGGUUCCCCAUCUGGCACCGGCUCCCCCUCGGGAACUGCUGCCGGAACAGGCACCACUGUCGGGACUGGUGCUGGUGGCUCGACGGCUGAGACCGGUACCGGCUCCCCAACCGGAGGCGCUACCGGGACAGAGCCUCCUUCAGUGACAGGAUCUGCUACCGAAACGGGCACUAACGGCUCAACAGGCUCCACGUCCCCUCCGACGGGAUUCUCUUCUCCUGGGCAACUGGAAAGGGCAAGCUCAACCGCUGCUGGAAACAACGGCGGUGGUGCUGGCGGUGCUGGACCAACUGGAUCGCCCGGCGGUGGAGGCAACCCCGGCGGUAACCCCGGCGGCAACCCUGGUGGCAACCCCGGUGGCAGCGGCGGUGGUUCCGGCGGAGCCACGGGAACAGGCCCUAUCACUUCACCAACGAGUGGUCUGCCGGUCUCGAACGGCCUCUCGCGAGCAAGUGAGAACUUUGGCCUCCUAAUUGCGGCUCUUAUGGGCCUGUUGGUGGUUUAA